AUGGUUAAGACGCCAUCAUCAUUGGUACGACCGGCAAUUCUGUUGGUUAGGGCAACAAAGUCAAAAAAGAAGUUUCAUUUCUUGAUCGAAGAUAAAUUACUCCUCUCAUCUCCCCCAAUUUCCACAGAUUUGUAUCACUAUAUUAAGGCCUCUUUCCCUUCUUUGGUUCUCCCGCCAAAAGAGAUCUUUGCUUUCCAAUAUAAUAACAUCUUUAAAGAAUUCAACUACAAUGCGCCUGACAAGUUACACGAAACAAAAACCCAAUAUUUACACACAUUAUUAACUCCGUAUUUUUCAAAAUACCAACUAAAUGAAUUUCUCGACACUGUUAUGUUGAAGGACAGAAAGAACCAUAGAAAGCCCCAGACUUUUUACCAACGGUUUGGUGAGUAUAUGGCAAAAAGAGGGCAUGCUAAGGACUUCUCUCCUACUUCAAUAAAGUUGUUGACUAAAUAUAAUAACUCGAUCUCAUCAUCGCCAAUUCAAAUACAUACCAUGAUAACUGAUCUUGUCGCCACUUUGGGAUUCCCUUCUCUAAUGGCUUUUAUCCAUACAAUAAAGAAAUUCAAUGAAUCUUCCAAACUCAAAGAGUUUGAUGAUGAUUCACGGUCUGCGUCCAGAGCAUUGCUCGAAUACUGCGACAUUACUUCGAGCUCGCACACAUAUCGAAUAACCCAUGGGGAAGAGCGCCGUAAUUUAUUGAGACUCAGAAAAUUCAUUGAUAUUAACAGCUCUACCAAGUCAAAAUCACUGACCCCUAUUCGCGAUCACUUGUAUGUGGUGUACACCUCUCCGGAAUUUGCUACGUGUAUUCACAGUCUCGUCAAUCCGGCAUUGCAAAGUGUUGCUCCUGAUAAUCUCCAACUACCAGAAGACCUAAGAAUCAGCUCGAUCUUUGUGAAAAGAUGUCGUCCUUCAAAUCGUCUAAUUGUCAAUAUUAAAGAUCCAUUAGAACGAACCAAUAUUCUUAACGUUCCAGAAUUGGCUAAUGAAACUAUUGUUCCUGGGAAAUUAAUGAACCGACUCAAUAGUUUAGAUAACAUACGGUUGAAUGACCUAGGAGACUUGGAGAAACUUCUACAUGUACUAAACAAACAUUGA